AUGGCCUAUAUGGUAAAGCUCGUAACUAAUGGUCCAUUGCCGAAUUCAUGUCUGGAGUUCAGCGAAAGCAUCGCUAAUGUUCUUGGUCGCGUAUAUGACCUCAAGUGUAUGGCACGGUAUUGUGGAGGAUUGCACGGGGGUGAGAUUGGACUACAGAAAAUGGCCAACAGUUUGGGAGUACGACGUUUGGGGUUGGCGCAUCAGGCUGGCUCUGAUAGUUUUUUGACGGCCAGGCUAUUCGUGAAGUUGAAGGAGGUAUAUGCAUUGGAUGAUGAAUGGCAUGUAGGUUAUUUGUAUGGGAUCUGCGCUAAGAUUGAGAGGACAAAACUAGUUACCGUUCAUCCCUCGCUACACUAUUUUCAACCAUUUAGUCGUUGCUCGUCAUCAGCAUAUUCGAUUUGUGUAGCAUUUAAUCAAUUGUGUAUUUAG